AUGGUGUUAAGUGCCCUUAUAAACAGAUCUACUCAAUUUACUAGUAGGCGUUUGAGAUAUUAUACUACAUUAUCAGGUUUAAAAUUAUCCAAAACUGUUAGAAAUGAUGCUUUUAGAAAAAUUGAACAAAUUAAAUUAACUUAUCCAAAAUUUAAACCAACUUUAAAAAUCUUACAAGUUGGAGCAAGACCAGAUUCUACAACAUAUGUUAAUAUGAAAUUAAAAGCUUCAAAAGAAUCUGGUGUUGAAUGUAUUAUUGAAAAAUUAGAUGAACAUGUUAGUGAAUUAGAAUUAUUAAAUAAAAUUGAUGAAAUUAAUCAAGAUGAUUCAAUUCAUGGAUUAUUAAUUCAAUUACCUCUACCAAAACAUCUUAAUGAACCAAAAAUUACAAAUUUUGUCAAUGAUGAUAAAGAUGUUGAUGGAUUUGGUCGUUAUAAUAUUGGUGAAUUAUCAAAAAAAGGUGGUGAUCCAAAAUUUAUUCCAUGUACUCCAAAUGGUUGUAUGAGAUUAUUAGAACAAUCUGGUACUGAAAUUUCUGGUAAGAAUGCCGUUGUCUUGGGAAGAUCUGAUAUUGUGGGUAUUCCAGUUGCUUCUUUAUUACAGAAAAAAAAUGCAACUGUUACAAUUUGUCAUUCAAGAACAGCAAAUAUCCCAGAAAUUGUUAAAAAUGCUGAUAUUGUUAUUGCUGCAAUCGGUCAACCAAAUUUUGUUAAAGGUGAAUGGUUAAAACAAGGUGCUGUUGUUAUUGAUGUUGGUAUUAAUUAUAUCCCAGAUUCUACUAAAAAAUCUGGUCAAAGAUUAGUUGGUGAUGUUGAUUUUGAAUCAAGUAAAGAUAAAACUUCAUUUAUUACACCAGUCCCAGGUGGUGUUGGUCCAAUGACUGUGGCAAUGCUUGUUCAAAAUGUUUUAUUAGCUGCUGAAAGACAAUUAGCUAAAGAACAAUCAUUACCACAAUUUUCAGUUAAUCCAUUAACUUUAGAAAAUCCAGUUCCAUCAGAUAUUGAUAUUUCAAGAGCUCAAACUCCAAAAUUAAUUAAAGAUGUUGCAGAAGAAUUAAAAUUAAAAGAAAAUGAAUUAGAAUUAUUUGGUCAUUAUAAGGCAAAAGUUAAUUUAAAAGCUUAUGAUCGUUUAAAAGAUCGUAAAGAUGCUAAUUAUAUCCUUGUGGCAGGUAUCACUCCAACUCCAUUAGGUGAAGGUAAAUCAACAACUACAAUGGGGUUAGUUCAAGCUUUAUCAUCUCAUUUACAUAUCCCAGCUAUUGCUAAUGUUAGACAACCUUCAAUGGGUCCAACUUUUGGUGUUAAAGGUGGUGCUGCCGGUGGUGGUUAUGCUCAAGUUAUCCCAAUGGAUGAAUUUAAUAUGCAUUUAACUGGUGAUAUUCAUGCUAUUGGUGCUGCUAAUAACCUAUUAGCUGCUGCUAUUGAUACAAGAAUUUUCCAUGAAUUAACUCAAAAAAAAGAUGAAACUUUUUAUAAAAGAUUAGUACCAUCUAAAAAAGGUGAAAGAAAAUUCACUGAUUCAAUGUUGAAAAGAUUAAAUAAAUUAGGUAUCAGUAAGACAAAUCCUGAUGAAUUAACUCCAGAAGAAAUUAAAAAAUUUGCAAGAUUAGAUAUUAAUCCUGAUACUAUUACUAUUAAACGUGUUGUUGAUGUUAAUGAUAGAUUUUUACGUCAAGUUACAAUUGGUCAAGCACCAACUGAAAAAGGUUUCACAAGAACAACAGGAUUUGAUAUUACUGUUGCUUCAGAAUUAAUGGCUAUUUUGGCUUUAUCAAAAGAUUUACAUGAUUUACAAGAAAGAGUUGGUAAUAUCGUUAUUGGAUUAAAUAAUAAUAAUGAACCAAUUACUGUGGAUGAUUUAGGUGCUGCAGGUGCUAUUGGUGCCUUAUUAAAAGAUGCUGUUAAACCAACUUUAAUGCAAACUUUAGAAGGUUCACCAGUCUUGAUUCAUGCAGGUCCUUUUGCAAAUAUUUCAAUUGGUGCUUCUUCAGUUAUUGCUGAUAAAUUAGCUUUAAAACUUGUUGGUUCAAAUGCUAAUGAUAAAUCUGAACAAAAAGGUUUUGUUGUUACAGAAGCAGGUUUCGAUUUCACAAUGGGUGGUGAAAGAUUCUUAGAUAUUAAAUGUCGUGCUUCAGGUCUUGUUCCAAAUACCGUUGUUCUUGUUGCUACUAUUAGAGCUUUAAAAUUACAUGGUGGUGCACCAAAUGUUAAACCUGGUCAAUCAUUACCUGAUGAAUAUUUACAAGAAAAUUUAGAAUUAGUUAAAAAAGGUUCAGAAAAUUUAGCCAAACAAAUUGCAAAUGUUAAAAAAUUUGGUAUUAAUGUUGUUGUUGCAUUAAAUCAAUUUAAAGAUGAUACUCAAGCUGAAAUUGAAUUAGUUAAAAAAUUAGCUAAAGAAGCUGGUGCUAUCGAUGCUGUUGAAAGUAACCAUUGGGGUAAAGGUGGUGAAGGUGCAGUUGGAUUAGCAAAAGCUGUUGUUGAAUCAGUUAAACAUUCAAAACCUGAAGAAUUUAAAUUUUUAUAUGAUGUUAAUGAUUCAGUUGAAGAAAAAUUAACUUCAAUUGUUACAAAUUUAUAUAAUGGUUCUUCAAUUAAAGUUUCUGAAUUAGCUGCACAAAAAAUUAAAACUUAUGAAGAACAAGGUUUUGGUAAAUUACCAAUUUGUAUUGCUAAAACUCAAUAUUCAUUAUCUCAUGAUGCUAAUUUGAAAGGUGUUCCAAGUGGAUUUGAAUUCCCAGUUAGAGACGUUAGAGCUUCAAUCGGUGCUGGUUAUUUAUACGCAUUAGCUGAUGAAAUCCAAACCAUUCCAGGUUUACCAACUCAUGCUGGUUAUAUGAAUGUUCAAGUUAGUGAAAAUGGUGAUAUUGAAGGUUUAUUUUAA